CGUCAGUUAAACAUGGCCAGUACAGAGGGAAGUAAACUCUGGGGAGGUCGAUUUGUUGGAGACACCGAUCCUAUUAUGGAGAAGUUCAAUGCCUCAAUCGCUUAUGACCAGAGGAUGUGGGAUGCAGACAUCCGUGGGAGCAAGGCUUAUGUUAAAGCUCUGGAGAGGGCAAAGCUUGUCAGCACGGACGAAAUGGAGCAGAUCUCACACGGGAUGGCUCAGAUUUCUGAUGAGUGGUCUAGAGGUGUUUUUGUCAUCAAACCCGGAGAUGAAGAUAUUCAUACUGCCAAUGAGCGCAGACUAAAGGAGCUGAUUGGUGCACCUGCAGGGAAGCUGCACACAGGCAGGAGCAGGAAUGACCAGGUGGUGACUGACAUGAGGUUGUGGCUGCGAAGCGCAAUCUCAACCCUUACGGACAACGCGCUUCAGUUGAUAACUACCAUGGUGGAGCGGGCGGCAGCAGAAAUUGAAGUCCUUUUUCCUGGUUACACCCACAUGCAGAGGGCACAGCCAAUCAGAUGGAGCCACUGGAUUCUGAGCCACGCUGUUGCCCUCAGCAGAGAUGUGGAGCGGCUUCAGGAGCUCAAGAAAAGAGUUAACGUUUUACCUCUCGGCAGUGGCGCCAUCGCUGGGACUCCAUUCGACAUCGACAGAGAGCUCCUGCAGAGAGAGCUGGGGUUUGAUAGCAUCAGUCUAAACAGCAUGGAUGCCACAGGCCAAAGAGACUUUGUUGCUGAGUUCUUGUUCUGGGCUUCGUUGUGUUUGACCCAUCUCAGUAAGAUGGCCGAGGACCUGAUACUGUACAGCACAAAAGAGUUCUCCUUCAUCACGCUCUCUGAUGCCUACAGCACCGGCAGCAGUCUGAUGCCCCAGAAGAAAAAUGCUGACAGUUUGGAGCUGAUCAGGAGUAAAGCAGGUCGUGCCUUUGGCAGGUGUGCGGGCUUCAUGAUGACGCUGAAGAGCCUACCGAGCACGUACAACAAGGACCUACAGGAGGAUAAGGAGGCCAUGUUUGACUGCUAUGAUAAUGUUCAGGCUGUGCUGCAGGUGACCACCGGAGUCAUGUCAACUCUGAAGAUCAAUCAGACUGUGAUGGAAGCUGCUCUCAGUCCUGACAUGCUGGCUACUGAUCUGGCCUACUACCUUGUGAGGAAGGGGGUACCAUUCAGAGAGGCCCAUGGUCUCUCUGGCAAAGCUGUGUUUACAGCUGAAUCCAAAAACAUUGUCCUGAAUCAGCUCACUGUGGAAGAUCUCACUGCUAUAAGCCCUCUGUUUGGAAGUGACGUGUCCUCAGUGUGGGACUACAGGAGCAGUGUGGAGCAGUACAGCACCCCUGGAGGCACAGCUAAGAGUAGCGUCGCUGCACAGGUGGAGCAUCUGAGGAAUUGGCUGAAGAAACACGCACAGUGACCUCUCGGUGUCACUCGGUGUAACCUUUAGAAUCAGAUUUGCAGAGCGAGGUUGAAGUGAAAUCUUUAUAUUUUGAGAACCACAUUGCCUCCCAAACAUUUCAUUCUUCUCUCUUUAAUAUGGAGUGCCAUUUCCAUCCUGUGCAAACAUGUGAUGUUUGUCAUUGAUUGUGUACAAACUGGAAACUGACCAGUUUUAAAUACCUGAAAAGAAAAUAAAUAGUGCCAUGGCAGGUUGA